GGAUGCUCGGCCGACUGCUUCUGCACGGUCUCUUUGUCUAAAGGAUGCAAACAGUCUACGGAUGCUAGAGAAAAAGGGGUGGGGGAGAGAUUACCUCAUCCCACGUCGCUUGCACCAAUCACCAGUCUCCUGUCAUGGCUUCUCUGGGCAGAUUGGGGGUCUGGACCAACAGGAAAAGGCCCCGGCCCAUCCCCAUGGUGACCGAGUUGUAUAUAGGGAGCCGUAUCCGCCCAUGUGCCGCAGGUUCUCUUACAUCGACCGCCUAAGAGUCGCGCUGUAAGAAGCAACAACCUCUCCUCCUCGUCUCCGCCAUCUGCUCGGCAGCCGCGAAGCAGCAACCAUGCGUGAGUGCAUCUCCAUCCACGUUGGCCAGGCUGGUGUCCAGAUUGGCAAUGCCUGCUGGGAGCUCUACUGCCUGGAACACGGCAUCCAGCCCGACGGCCAGAUGCCAAGUGACAAGACCAUUGGGGGAGGAGAUGACUCCUUCAACACCUUCUUCAGUGAGACGGGCGCUGGCAAGCACGUGCCCCGGGCAGUGUUUGUAGACUUGGAACCCACAGUCAUUGAUGAAGUUCGCACUGGCACCUACCGCCAGCUCUUCCACCCUGAGCAGCUCAUCACAGGCAAGGAAGAUGCUGCCAAUAACUAUGCCCGAGGGCACUACACCAUUGGCAAGGAGAUCAUUGACCUCGUGUUGGACCGAAUUCGCAAGCUGGCUGACCAGUGCACGGGUCUCCAGGGCUUCUUGGUUUUCCACAGCUUUGGUGGGGGAACUGGUUCUGGGUUCACCUCCCUGCUCAUGGAACGUCUCUCAGUUGAUUAUGGCAAGAAGUCCAAGCUGGAGUUCUCCAUUUACCCGGCGCCCCAGGUUUCCACAGCUGUAGUUGAGCCCUACAACUCCAUCCUCACCACCCACACCACCCUGGAGCACUCUGAUUGUGCCUUCAUGGUGGACAAUGAGGCCAUCUAUGACAUCUGUCGUAGAAACCUUGAUAUUGAGCGUCCAACCUAUACUAACCUAAAUAGGUUAAUAGGUCAAAUUGUGUCCUCCAUCACUGCUUCCCUGAGAUUUGAUGGAGCCCUGAAUGUUGACCUGACAGAAUUCCAGACCAACCUGGUGCCCUAUCCCCGCAUCCACUUCCCCUUGGCCACAUAUGCCCCUGUCAUCUCUGCUGAGAAAGCCUACCAUGAACAGCUUUCUGUAGCAGAGAUCACCAACGCUUGCUUUGAGCCAGCCAACCAGAUGGUGAAAUGUGACCCUCGCCACGGUAAAUACAUGGCUUGCUGCCUGUUGUACCGUGGCGACGUGGUUCCCAAAGAUGUCAAUGCUGCCAUUGCCACCAUCAAGACCAAGCGUACCAUCCAGUUUGUGGAUUGGUGCCCCACUGGCUUCAAGGUUGGCAUCAACUACCAGCCUCCCACUGUGGUGCCUGGUGGAGACCUGGCCAAGGUGCAGAGAGCUGUGUGCAUGCUGAGCAACACCACAGCUAUUGCUGAGGCCUGGGCUCGCCUGGACCACAAGUUUGACCUGAUGUAUGCCAAGCGUGCCUUUGUUCACUGGUACGUGGGUGAGGGGAUGGAGGAAGGUGAGUUUUCAGAGGCCCGUGAAGACAUGGCUGCCCUUGAGAAGGAUUAUGAGGAGGUUGGUGUGGAUUCUGUUGAAGGAGAGGGUGAGGAAGAAGGAGAGGAAUACUAAAGUUAAAAUGUCACAAAGGUGCUGCUUUUACAGGGAAGCUUAUUCUGUUUUAAACAUUGAAAAGUUGUGGUCUGAUCAGUUAAUUUGUAUGUAGCAGUGUAUGCUCUCAUAUACAAUUACUGACCUAUGCUCUAAAACAUGAAUGCUUUGUUACAGACCUAAGCUGUCCAUUUCUGUGAUGGGUUUUGAAUAAAGUAUUCCCUGUCUUAAAUGAA